AUCUUUCAUGUUGUCCCUAUAUAUGCAGUACUCCCCUGGCACCCAAUGCCCGCAGUUUGGCACUUUUGGAAGUAAUGUUGGAGGCCGGACUCGGCUUGCAACAAACCUCCUGUAAUUGUGGCUGGUCUGAACUCAUGCUCUGCAUUUGGCAGAUGGUGAGAGCAAAACGGAACCGGCAGAGGGAAAACGAAGAGCAAUAUCGCGGCAAAGAGAGCGACACCAAAAUGCAAAGCAGCACCGAAGUGCCCGUCACGGGAAUAUUCAACCAUGAAGAACCUCCGCUUUGGUGCAUGGUCGAACUGUUCAUUCGUGCCGGCGCCGACAUCUAUCAUAUGUGGCACUAUAGCCUUAAAGACCCAACAGACCCGGAUGAUAUAUGGACACCGACUAGCUACGCCAUUAUGUGGGAAGUAGAGGAAGAGUGGUGUGAGGCUCUCAAAGCUUGUGGAUUAGAUCCGCGGGAAGUGUACGAGGAAGAAGACCGACGCCGUUCGCGGUAUGUCCGACUCCAUGGUGGAGACGCCACAGGAGUUGAUCUUGAGGAGCUGGACUUACCGUCCAAAUCUGGAUUGAGGAAGAGGGGCAACCGAAUUAGCAACAGCAACGACGACUAGCUUGCAUUCGCAAGAAUGAAGCAUGGAACUCGGUUGCCACUCUUCCAACUAUUAGCAACAGUCGAUUCUAUGAUCCUCUCGACACAUAUACUCCAUCACGCUCUCGAAGAGUGUCCCCCAACCGCCUCGAUAUCAAGAUCAACAAUCGUCUCUCUCGCCCCACUUCCCCCCUUCCUCU